AUGUCGUCAACCCUCGUCGAAUCCCCUGUGUCAACUUUACAUCUCCCGGGCUGCACGCGGCAGCCAAUUGAGGAUGUCCGAAGAUCUCCUUCGCACGAGGGUUCUAUAGAAGCACAGCUUAUCCAAGUGGCCCAGCUCGUCGUAUUGGCGUCACAACAUCACACAAGCGAGUACAAUCGUCUCAAGUAUGGGCCUACAGGAUCUCCAAUGCUCUAUGUCCCUUUCUCGAUUCAAAUGCCCUCUCGCGUUAAACAGUUACAAGAACAUCAGGCGCGUUGUGUUGAGCAGCAGGCUUGGUGGCUGUGUGAGAAGAAAGUGCCAGUACAAUCUGUUGUAAUGGUGGAAGUCGAGUCGGACCCAUUACAGCCUCGCCUUCGCCGUCCUUCGUCCUCGAACAACUUACAAGAUGAAUUGACUGCUGCCAUGUCCGAGUCCCUUCCUCGCAACCUUCGUCCCAUUCCGCCGAUGGCGAGUGACGUCCAAAUCAAGACGUCUGAUACACACCCCAUCAACGUCUCUAUGGUGAUCCCGUUUGAAGUCCUGCAGGCCAUGUCCUCACAACUGAUUCGGACUGACGACCGUCAUCCCGUCAUGUUUGAACUCUCAUCGACAUAUUCUCUUGACCGUAUAUCUGUUCACACACCUACCCCGCCACCGGAAAUCAACGUGCCUGCAUUGCCUACUCCACAGUCUACACUUCUUUCGACCUCGGCCCCUGCUUCAAGCGCAACAUCACGCCCACCUAUUUAUAGCUUGACACGGCCCACGAAGUUCAGCCACUUCCUCUGGACGAAUGCAGCCCUUAGAAGGGGUUUAUACUCUGCCGUAAAUACACACGCGAAGCGAGUACGGCCGAAACCUACUGUCCCAAAUGACUGCCCAUGCGGAUCAUCUGAUCGUGGCCUCAAAUCGCAACCGCGUCGAAGCAAUGGUCCACAGCGACCUUUGGACUCGUCCGGUUCUAAUGAUUGUGAGAAGGGAGAAGACUGUAGUCUUCCACGAUCUCUCUCGGCACCAGUUAGCACCGAUUUGAAGCAGCCUCCACUUGCAGCACAGCCUGUCCCUCCGGAACUUGCGUCGACUUCGCUUCCGGACUUGAGUUCAUCCUAUUCAUCUUCCCAACAACCAUCUGUCAGCUUAGGUAACCUUCUGCUCUCUUCCUGCCCAGGUAAAAAAGUCAGAUUAAGCGGUCCAGUGAAGGGUCGUUGUGGGGUUUGCCGAGACCUGCGACAAGAUAUGCAGCGGAUCAAGGAGUUUGGAGUGACUUGCAUUGUAUGUUGUCUAGAUGACGAAGAGCUUCAGCUGCUCGGGGUAUCAUGGUCAGAGUACUGGCGAAUCGCAGAUGAGAUGGGCAUCGAUAUUCUUCGUAUACCAACCCCUGAAGGCCUUGUACCGGCGUCCUUAGACACGUUCGAUGCACAACUUACUUUGUUGAUUCAGCAGUAUACCCUCCAUGGCGCCUCGGUGCUCGUUCACUGCCGCGGUGGUGUGGGUCGCGCCGGCCUCAUUGCGUGCUGCUGGGUCCUAAAGCUUGGUUUGUGCGGCGGUGUAGAGGCAGAGGCACCCUCCACGAUUGCGUAUACUGCACCAGAGAACCUGCCCGAACUGAAACCGUCGCGGACCAACCCGGACCCACCGUCUGCAUCUGUUAACCAAGCGACAAUACAGCUAGUGGAACGCGUGAUCGUUUUCAUACGACGCCGGAGGAGCCCAAAGGCAAUAGAAACAUACGAGCAAGUCCAGUUUCUCGUCGAUUACGUUGAAUUCUUACGAAAGAAGACAAAUGCGGCCACGGAUUCAGAAUUCAUCCUAGACUGGGAUACUCAGAUAGAUUGA